GGAUAAUCAAUUGAUUGUUUAAAUCAUCAAAAAAUAAAAACAUUUUCUACUCAACACACGAUUCCAUUUGCAUUUCAAAUCAACAUUCACUUACAUAUGACAUUUAAUAACGGAAAGAGAAAUGUUGAACAAGACAAAAUUACGCUGUUCAACGGGUGACCAACAAAUGCAAUGUAAAGAAGCAGGUUCAACAUCAUCACCAUCAUCAUUACCUUACCCUUGUCCAUUGGCUACUCCUGUUUUAGUCACUGAUCUUCCUUCCUCAACAACAACAUCAUCAUCAUCAACUACAACUACAACAUUAUCCCGUCCAAAUGGAGACCAAUUGACGGAAAUAGGAGUUAACUUGCCUGAGACAAUUUCGAGGAUAACAUCACUUGUAUCAUCUUCAUCAGGAACCACCGAUGAUAAGCCAACAGCAAAUCCAAGCAACACUAACAUUAACAUGACGGGUAACAUUGAGAGGAUCAUUAAUUUGAGAAGCGAAAGGUUAUCUGUCAAUGAAUCGACUUGUAAACCAUUUAACAAAAUCACUUGUAAUUUAUCCAAUUUACGUCCUCGAAUGUCAGCUCAUCAUUUAGACAGAAGACAUCAUUCACAUUCACAUUUCAAUUCAUCUUUCAAUCGACACAAAAAAUCAGAACUGAGAAGGUUUAACCAGAAUAGAGGAAAUGAUGAUUCGGAAGGAGAAGGAGCAACCAAUUGUUAUACUUCAUCUAGUGAACAUUCAAUGGAUACCGUAAUUUUCUGUGGUAAAUCCUUGAGAUCUUCAUACAAUAAUAAUGGUAAUCAUAAUGAGAAUAAUAAUCAUAACAUUCCGGGUUCAAUGAAAAGUUCAGUAAAACCAAAAGUGCCCAAUGGUUCAUCAUUAGAGCCACGAAUCACACCGUGCCAUACCGUGAAUAAAUCAUCCAAUCAAACCUUGAAUUUGAUUCAACAGCAACAACAGCAACAGCAGCUUCUUCAGUCUUCACCAGUUCCUCAAGCGUCUUCAACAGCCUCAUCGACAUCACCUUUACACAACCAUUUAACGGUUGUUCAACAUUCAAUGGAUGUUUGUAUCAAACAUAAAAACCAAUUGGAUAAGAAAUGUUUCAACACCAAAAAGCUAGUCUGUGACAUUGGAACUUCACCUUUACACAAAAGCCUUAACUGUAGUAAUAAUUUAAAUAAAAUUGCCAAAUGUGAUGAACUUUGGAUAGAUAAGCCUAAACGAGCCAAACGUAAAAAGCCUCCUCAGCCUAGAAUCUCAGGUGUUGAGUUGUGGGUUGAUGGUCCUCACGCAGUACCACUUAAUCAGCCAAAUGAAUCCUCUCAGUGUGUUGAUUAUACUGACAAACAGCAAAGGAUAACUGAAUGGGUCAAUCAGCAUGCCAAAACAGUUUUAAUUGCAAAUCAAUCUUGUACAGGUAGCUGUAAAACUCCAGUAAAAAAUAUAACUCCAGCAACAUCCUCAAAAUCCAAUUCAUCCAAUGGUGCCAAUGGGACGUGUAUUGAGCUUAUAAAUCUUCCAAGUCCUUAUCAUGUACGUGUAUCUGAAUCAAAAAUUAAGGAAAAGAAUAACAUUAGUCAAGAUAAAAUCAUUGAAACCAAAGAAAUGGCUUGUCAAACUGAUCAAAUAGAUUCACAGAAUGGUGAAAAGGAGAAGAAAAGUGUUUUACAGGAGCUUAACACUGAGGAAACAUUGAUUCUUCUGAGUAACCUUCAUGAUGAUGAUGAGCUGCAAAACGAUGAUUGGACUGAUGGACGAAGAUUAAUGUUGUUAGAGAGAGGAGCUCUCAGUGAUUGCUGUGAUAAUCAAAUUUGCUGUUGUUGUUCAAGUCCAUUAACAUCUGAUGGUGAAGAGGAUGAUGUCCUAAAGGAUGAAAAGAACGUUAAAGAUGAUAAUAAUGGUAAAACUGAAAUAAAUGUAAACAGCGAAAAGAAUGGCGAAAAUCAAAACAAUUUAGAUAAUGUUGAAAUAAAAAGUGAAUCAAACGACUUGACUGAGCCACCAGGGCAGUUAAAGUUGGAGCAAUUUCUUAAACAACUGAUUACAGUUACAAAUCCAAUAUUAAAUAAUAAACUCAACAAUGACACUGAUAGUGAUAAUUUGAAAAACAAAAAAAUUAACAAUGAAAAUAUUCAUCGACACCACCAACAUCAUAACCAUCACCAUCAUCAUCACCAUCAAAAUCAUCAACAUUCAGAAGAAAAGAAACAUCAAAAUUAUACAAAUUAUGAUUCUUUGCCGCCAAGACGAUUGACUCGAUCCCGCCUUCAUGGAUCCAGAUACUUUGUAUACGGAUCUCAUCAGGAUUUAACACAUUGUAUAGCCAAUGAAGCUAGAAAUGGAUCCGUUAUCGACUCAUCUGUUGAAGAGAAGACAUGUGUUCCUGUUAAUUUUGUAAUUACAAAUGAUUUACCAAUUACGGAUGAUUGUCCAAAAAAUCAUGUUGCUUUUAUCCCAACUUCGCCUCGCAUCAACCGUAUUUUGGGUGGACCUCCAGGUAAAGGAGAAUGUUUAAGUGUAACAAAUAGUCCAUCUAAAUCAUCCAGGAAACAGAGUUUUAGCAAGCGAGAUACAACUUCAACCACAACCAGUGGCCAUGGAACAACAAGUGAAGGCGAUGAUAGAUCAAGUGUAACCAAAAAAUCAUCCGAUUCCUCAUCUAGUCCAUCUCAACAUCAUCAUCACCAUCAUCAUCAUGGCCAGACUCAGGGACCGGCCUCAAGUGGAUAUGAUAGUACCAUUAAAGAUGAAGAAAGUGAUCGUGAGCUGGUUGAAAAUGUCAAUAAAAGUGUUACCAAAGAGUUGAUUGGAAAUAAUAAUAGUUCUAGUUCUAUUGCUAAUCAUAUUAAUAACAGUAAUAAUAUUGUUUGUAAUUCUAAUAGUAACAAUAACAAUAAUAGUAAUAACAAUAACCAACAGGCUAGUUGCAAUAUUGUUAAGAGUUCUGUUAAAAUGAGAGAUAAAUCUGACAAAAAUCGGAAAAAUAGAAAAGAGAAAGAGAAAGAAAAGGAUAAACGGGAAUCAUUAUCUUCAGAUAAAUGCUCUUUUCUUUGCUGUAAAUUGACUUCUUUUUAUUGAACAACCAAAGAAUCUAUUAAUUGAUAUUGAUCAUUGUUUGCCAAAGUCCCCUGUAUGUGUUAAAUUGAAACAAAACCAAACCAAAAAAAAAUCAACGCAAAACAAAAUUACGAGGUAAACUAUUGAAUUGUCUUAACAAAAUGUUUUCACAAAGUUUUUUCUAUGUAUUAUUCCAUAAAUGAAUCCAUUUUAUAACCAAUGUAAUUAAACUGUCUGAUUUUACUUUAAUCUCAUUGCUUAGCUUUGCUAAUAAAUUUGUCACCUUUGAAAUUGGGUGAAUCGAUGAAA